CAAGUGUCCAGUAUCCCAUUUGACAACUCAAAUCGGGAUAAAGCAUUACAAUUGUGCUUCCCGCUGGUUCUCCCAGGGCGUUGAUACGCCUGGCGCUCCCCCCCAAUCUCUAGCUCCUCUAUACACGUACUCGCAUACCGAACGACACAAUGGCAGCACGACGAGCUCCUACAAAGGCCCGUGAGAUGGAUUUUGGGAAUGUAGGGGUCGCAGGAAGACGAACAGGCGUUACACUGGAAAAGGGGAAGCUUGACGAGCAUGGAAUGGAGGAGAUCGAUGGGAUGUUUUCUUCGCCGGAGAAGUCGCCUAUGCGAGCAAACCAUAAUGGCAUCGCAAACGACACCGUAUUAAACUCUGAAGAUAUGGAAACGGCAGGCAGCAGCAGUAUGCCCGAGCCUGCAGAUAUGCUCUCCGCCCGGCGACCUGGGCGUAAUUCGUACGUCCUUCCCCCGCGUUCUCGAUCGCCCAUCAAAACCCAUCUCAGCGGAUCGCCUCGGAGGACACCAGGAAUACGCUCCUCUCCAAUCCCGCAAAGCGACCAGAUAUCCAGUCCAUCUUCGCGGCCGGUCACCAUGAGAGCUCUUGAUCUAUCGAGGGCACAAACCCGCCUUGGUAAAUCGCCGCUCAAGCAAAUCAGGGCUACCUCUAUACCGCCGGAGCUCGAAUCGCCCGCAGCCAGGGAGAGUGAAGAGGACGUUGAUAUUGAAGUGAGUGGCGAAACUGCAGAUUUCUCGGACGAUGGAAAUUACUUGGUUGAGGAAGCUGAGGAAGACUCUGGUUUUGUGGAGCCGUAUGGUGAUUAUCAUGAGAGUGGCCAAGGUGGCCCUACCGAAACUGUGGAAAAUGAAGACACCAAUAAUAUCGAAAAUGGAACCGAACAAGAUGAUCCGGAAGAGGAGCCCUCUCCAUCUGUGGUAGCAAAGGCAGCGCGCAGAGGAAGAAAACGGAAGAGUACGCCUGUUGAACCUGAAACUAGCGCGAAGAGCGUGGACAAAGUGCCCCCUCCUAAGCGCAAAAGGGGAAGACCACCAAAGGCCGUCCGGGAAGAAGCAAAUGAGGCCAAUGCAGAGGGUCAAAACCCAAGGUCAGCCAAACGAACAAAGACAACGGCAGCCACAGGAGCUUCAACUUUGAAAAUGUCCGCAGACCAAGAAAGGGAUCUAAACCAAGUCAUCGAAAAUAUUACGAAGAGAGAUGGGCCUCACAACAAGCAGCGAAGCCUGCAUAUUCUCAGGAGAGAAGCUCCAUCAGACGACAAUGUCCGUCGUACGCGAUCCGGUCGCGUAUCAGUACGUCCUUUGGCAUACUGGCGCAAUGAGAAAUGUGUGUACGGUACAGGCGAAGCCGAACUCGGCGAAAGGUUCCCUCUAUCCACUAUUAAGGAAAUUGUCAGAAUCGAUGAGCCAGAACCAAUAUAUACCAAGGCCAAGAGAUCAAGUAAGAAGGCCAAAGCGAAGAAAAAGCGCGACGAGCUCUCUGAUGAGGAAGACGAAGAUGUCGAGCCUUGGGAGACUGACGAGGGGGUUUUCUACGGACCGGUAAAGACGUGGGAUCCUGAACUGCAGGCUGGAACACUGCAGGAGGAAUUGAUGGACGUCGCCUAUGCCCCUUCAGCCAUUCAAACCCACGAAGUUAAAGGUUCCACAUUCCGCUUUGCGAAAAUCCUCAGUACACCAUUCCUGGGCUCAGGGUUUGUGGAGAUGCCCCCAGGCGCAGUCAAAAAGCAGAAAAACUCGAAAAGAAUGCAUAUGGUGUUUUUUGUAUAUCGUGGCAGAAUACGAGUUGAUGUAUCAGGACUCGUGUUCAGCGCUGGGAAAGGGUGUGUUUUCCAGGUCCCAAGAGGGAAUAAUUAUAGUUUUGCAAAUGAAUAUGACAAACCUGCGGCUAUAUUUUUCACACAGGGCUGCAUACCACUUGAUGCGGAUGGAAAUAUCGACACGGGUGCACCAGCUCCGCCUCUCCCAGAUCCGACCCAGCAGCCACAGGAAGAGGGUCAAUCACCGGAGCAAGCAGAGGGCCAGCAACCGCAGGAAGAGCAGGAGCACAUCCAGGCAGUUGCGAAGGAAAAGAAAGAGAAAAAGGGGAAGAAAAGGAGAGGGAGACCGAAACAGAACCCUUAGCGAGAGAUAGGGGCGGUACACCCGGCGAAAGAUAUCAGACAACUUAAUCCUGGAACUAGGGAGACGAAAUCAUCCUCAAUCUGUAUAGAGCAGCAGUUGUCUGAUUUUUGGCAUGGUUUC